UGAAUGGCGGGUGUUUGCCUGUCUGUCUGUCUGUCUGUCCGUCUGUUUAAUUGUGCCAUACUUGGCGUGGCGUGGUGUCACAGUAUGAGCUACCAGACACACAUCUGAACGACAAUCUGAGACCCGUCUCUGCUUUCCAAUGAACACAGCAUGUCUCACUCACUCAGGCACGACCCAUACAUAGUUUAUACAAAUGACCGAUCCAGGCCCUUCUCUCCUAUGUGCCCAUUCAUGAUCCCCACACACGGCCUACUUCGCCCCGCCUCCAAUACGAAAUCACUCCAAUCCCAUUGUGAGGGGCCACCUUGAUAUACAGGUCAAAUGAGCCAGACACUUCUCUCUGGCCUGCCCGAGACAUACGCGAAGACUCUGCCCAGCAUGGCGCUGGCAGCCGACUCACGAUUCGUUCAUUCUAGAGGGAAGGAGAAAGAUAUGGGCACGGAGCAGCCGGGUCGGACGACUCCGGCAGCACAAAUCGGGGCUUUGCAACUGUGCGACUGACUGCGCGCUGGAUAGACACGGAGAAAAAUGGCAGCCAUGAGAAAAUGCUGCACACACGAUCACACAGACAGAGAGACAUGCAAUAGCACGUCGGGGACAUUAAACAGUUCGCCUGACCAGAAGAUGGCGACCAGGAACAAGGUCAGUACUCUGCGGCGCACAACGCCUUUCUCGUGCCUGGAGGAUAGCAUGGGCAGGUUGUUCCAUCUCAUCAUGACACACAUCGCACACAUCUCGAAUAGCUGCUCGAUAGCCACCAGUAACAACAAACCCAUGCCUCCCUCCACAAGCUGCUCCCAUGGUGCGCCCGCAUAACCUUGGACUGUAAGCACACUUAGGUCAGUAAACAGAAGGGCCGUCAAGUCGCAAUUGGACCAGAUGUGGAUUUGGUCACGAGGCCACGUAGGUACCUUUGGAGAAAAGGGUAUAAAGAUAUAGUAUCUCUGAGCUUCAUGGUGUAGUGUACCAUGACUGGCCCAGGGGAUACCUUGGAGACACUUCAAGUAAGGUCAAGGCCGACUGCAGCCCUCCGGUCGGACCGCACCCCAGCUGUGCGCCGCUGAGAGACAGCGCUGCGCUCAUAAUAGAGCUUUGACGCCUCAGCAGAUGGCUAUCAUUUCUCUCGCUCUCCUGCCUCUCCAUCGCAUCAUUGUCUCUGCCCAUAGGUGGCCCACUUAUAGCCUCCUCCUCGGUUGUGGCGCGGGCGAUGUUCGUCAGGUGAUGACCUGUGGGUGUUCUUUUCUUGGAGCGAGCCUUGACAAGCCUCUCAGCCCACACAUACAGCAGGACCCCUGAAAUACACACAAACGGAAACAAGAAUAACUGUAGAAGAGUGCACUUAUCUUUCCAUGGCCACUGACGCACGUACAGUAGGGGGCUGAGAUGUCCGUGAUCAGGUCGAAGAGUGACAUGAAGACGCUGUGGACCAAUUUGCUACUGAACUUGACGGCCUCGGACUGAAGCAUUCUCGGGAAGAGAAUGUAUACCUGUUGAGAAACCAAAUAGGCUACAGCCGAGGUUGUACCUCUGCGGGUCGACAUAUCAUUUCCUCAGCAAUACCAUCGCAGGCAUCGUGAUAUGCAGCGAGUUGCAUGUUGGGGGCCCCUCCUGAAUACACAUUUAGUCAUGAGAAAAAAGCCCGCUGUCAUUCUGUGGCUGUGUCUCUGUGUCAAUUCGUACUUUGAGUGACCGCACGAGCUUGUUGACAAGUCCGAUAGGGGGCAAGAGGACGGCUUGGUAGAUGACAGCCAUACGUAAUCGAUCCCCAUCAGUAGAUGCUGCAGCAGCAUACUUUGGCGAAAGGGCGAAGAUCCAAAUUAGGCCCAU